AUGAGGUUGGAAAAUUUAGACGACGGUAGCAAGCUCGAAGCAGCAUGGCAUGAGUCCCUUUCUACCUCCUUGACCUACUUUCGCGCCCUGCUCUCAUCAUCCUCUUCCUCCGCUUGGAAGCCUGUCUCGGUCCUGCCUCUUACGGCAUCGACCACAGCAAAAGAUGCAGGGAAAAGUACAGCUAGAGGCUCCAGUCUGGGCAAGAUAGAUGCUAGUCAAGUGAUCAUACAUCGUCGGAAUGGUAAAUCAGGAGAAGUGUAUAGGGCUGUCGUGGAAGUGGACUGUGGGAGUGAUGUCAGUAUAGAUACAUUUAGGGGGUGUAUUGCAACGCCCGAGACCAGACCUAUGUGGGACCGGAUGGUAGAGGAAGCUGUGACACUAGAUUUACUGGACGCUCAUACUAGAGUAACGAAGACGAACUAUCGUCUCGGUUGGCCUUCAAGUCCUCGAGACGCAGUAACAAUCUCCAAAACCCUUGUCGACCAAUAUACGCUUGUCGAUAUUACCACUUCCCUUCCUCGUUCAAAGCACGAACCCGCGUAUUUACGCCCAGCACCUCCGCACGUACGAGCACAUGUCGCUCUACUAGCGUGGUGUAUCCAGCUUCCUUCUCCUUCUCCUUCCAGUACCGACAGUCUACCAGACGGUAAAGCUCGUAUGACAUGCUUUUGGUCAUGGAACCCCAAAGGGGCUUGGGCAGUCGGUGGAGGAGUACCUCAACAUCUACCUUCUCUCGUAGUAGGGUUGGUAGAUUAUGUUAGGGAUGGAAGCGAGAAAGUACCGGUACUGUUAGGUUAUGGACCGGAUGUGGCCAUAGGAUCAGUGGGAUAUGAUACUGCUCGAGUGACCUUGUCUGUAGCAUACGCUAUAGUCAGUGGUGGAGAGAAUAGAGAGACAGAAGAUCUGCGUCGACAAGUUGAAUUUGGAAUCUCCUCAACGCAGAGCUGGGACAUACAGAUCACCGUUAGGACCCAGCAUGGCAAAGAUUCACCUUCUACUUCUUGGACAUAUUUCGUCGGACAGGCCCCAACUCCUACCGAUGGAACAGCCGCUCCGAAAAGGCUUGUUCUGAGAUUCGCUCACGCCCUAUUGCAAUCUGGAGAAGAGCUCGUACGUGUCAAUGUAUCGAUAGAAAGGACGACAUCGUCUGUCGCAGGAGUGAGGAUCAAUGGUAUACCGGUCGGAGUUGAACCCAUGCAGAUACCUAUACCUCGUCGACCGCUACUUGAAGAUGCAGCAAGCAUGACCGGUAUCUCACUGCGGACGAUCGCCACGGCCGACAGCUAUCGAUCCCAAGAGGGCUCGUUGGAGAUCAAAAGAACGGUAUCGCAGAGGAGUGAUACCGCCCAGAAGAGCAUCGCAAGUUUGAUACGGAGGAAUUACAUCUUCGUCUUCCGCGCGGAAGCUGUGUUUGUCGGCGUCGGGAUAUGGGAUCUUUUUGCGGUCAUCGCAAGUCCAGGUGCAAGAUUGGUUUGGGAUAAAUCACACGAAGACGCUGCUCUCAUAGAAGACGUCAACGAGCUGACUGAUUUAUGGCACAUCAAAUCGAAAGCCGCUUGGCCUGUCAGUGCAAGAGAUUCGGUCAUGCUUCGAACCACUUACAAAUCGCCUUCAUCGGUUCAUCUUUUCGGUUUCUCCACAGACCAUACCGAUCUUUUCCCUCGUAUACCGGCUAUUACAGAUCCCAACGUUAUUCGAACCCAGAUUGAUCUUCAAGGGUGGUCCGUCGAGUCGCUAUCGCCAAACACUUCCCAGGUCACGUUGCUCGAGCAGAGUGAUCCAAGAGGAUGGUCAAACAAAUCUUCGAUCCCGCAGGUUAUGAUGUCUACUUUAGCUGGCAUCGGUGAAUUUGCUAUCAAGCAUGGUGCGCCACCUAUAGCCACACGUCUAGGAGGUGCGAAGGUUCUCUUAUCAAGGUACGAUGUUGAGCAGGAAACAUUCAGAUUCGAAUAUGAAGCUGCAGAAUCCCGAAGAUCGAAUUCAUCCAGUACACAUACAUCCUUCCCUCUGCCAGUAGCCGUCAAGAACCCCGACCCGGAAAAUGGAGGAAGCGAAGCGAGUAGUCUCAAGUCGAUGCACGUCGCAAGACCACUGUCAAACAUAGAGUGUGAGAUACGGUGUGACGCAGAUCAAUGGUCAAACAGUUUCGCCAUCCUCAUUGAUCCGCCUCAACAAGCCAUUUCUGCCCUAAGAAGACAUAGGCUAUCACCUAGCGGUGGUGGAUUGUGGUUGACAAUCGAACAUGAUCCCACCAUUCUGAAAAACGAUAAAGUCGCCAUCACCGUGAGAAGGGGUACUGCACCCCCUGGCAAGACAUCUGUCACUGUCAACGGAAGCAAAGUCAAGAUCGAUCUGGAGGAUCUACCUGACGGUGAAGUACAGCUACUGAAGAAGCAGAAAAGAGGAAGACCUACUCGAGCACCACUUGACCAGCCGCCCGCUCUUGGUACGUUACGCAAGAAACGAAGUAACCUCGAUCUCGGCACCAUAUCAGCGACCAAUUCACCUGAUUUAGCCAAAUCACCCAACUCCCCUUCGACUUUCACCAAAUACGCCCUGCCAUUUACCAAAUGGUACAAUGUUGCGGCUGAGACCACACGCGCUGCCAUCAUUCCUAUGACUACGGCAACGCCUGCGCCAGACAGCGGAAGCUCACCUGUCGAUGCGGCUGUGAGAGCUCUAGGUCAACUUGCCAAGAUACACGCGGAUCGGGAUGGGGAAUCAACGGAUCCCAACGGAUGGCAGCCUGUGUCCGAUAGAGAUGGUCUGAAGAUAGAGAGAAGAACGGUGAAUCAUGUUUCUGAAUCCUUCCCAGUGUUCAGAGCUGGACGAAUCAUAGAGGGAUUCACCGCCGAAGACGUCUCUGCUGCUGUUUCGUCCCUACGCGCAGAUGAGAGGUUUGAAAAACCUACAUGUCUCCAGUCACAUGGUCAUGGUAUAACAACAUCGCAUAUGGUAGCGCAUACCACAUUUCCUUUCAGAGCGAGAAGUAUGCUUGUAGCUGCUAUAGUAGCUCGUAUGCCCGACCCCCCACCACCGUCCCCCUCGCUUCAUGGACCUCAACCCCCGCUUUCCACCAUAUUCCACGCUUCUUCAUCGAAUUUCGACUCGGAAGGUAUCGGCAUGAACUGGAACAAGUACAACCCAUCAGCAUUACCACAGGGGCAUAUAAUCUUAGAAGGGUGGAUCAUGGAAACUAUCGAUCCUUAUUCACACGAACAAUAUGCUAUACCUUCAACGAGGUGUAUGUAUGUCGCUUCCGUGGACUACAGUGGCAGUAUGCCAUUAUCAGUCAACAACAUGCUCAAUGCAUCUCUGCCCCGAGCCUUAUUAUCUAUCGACAAUAUACUCAAGAACUUUGGUCCACCUUCCAGAGCAAGAUCGCCGCCUAUGUAUGUCCUGGCUCCCGAGGAACGAUCAUCCGCACCAUGGGCAUUGGAAGGUAUCGAUGACAAUCACUCGGGAGUUUGUCAAAGGAAUGAGAACAAUGAAUACUCCCUGACAGUCACCAUACAGCCGCCUACGCCUGCCUCCACGAGAGAACGGGAGGGUACCUUAUCACCACCUCUGAAACAUAACGAUUCUCGUUCAUCAGUCAAUACCGGUCGAUCGACUGUUAUUGAUCUAGCUGAAGAGAUCCGCAAAGGCAGGAAAGAUCUGUUAGUACUGGAAGUGGAAUUAGGCAGUUCUCCGACCAAAUCAGGUUGCGAGAUUGGUCUCAAAGCGGUUUCCUUACCUGUUGCCUUGCAUAAUCCAUCAAGUGAAGCUUCCGUAUUACCUUUUGAUCUGCCUCAAGAGAACCUCGAUCUACCUUUCAAGCUUUCUGUCAUUUCACUUGCGCCAUCAGUCUUACAGUCAGCAUCUCUCGAUCCCAGCUCCCAAUCAAGGCAUUUAUUGAGGGUGACAUUACCCACAACAGGAUAUGAUGCUCCCAUAUCUGAUCCUUUGGGAGGGACGGCCGCGCCAACACCUCGACCUAGAUGGUUAUUGGAUUUGAUCAAUGACGGUGCGGUGGUACAGCUCACUUUGAAUCCACACAAGAAUCAGAACAAAACAGGAUACUUGUAUGGGCUGAAUGAAGUACCGGUGGAAGAUGAGAAACGGUCUAAACAUUUCGGAUUGAGGGAUAGUAACAACAAACAGAACCUGCCUCAACUGGUGAAUCGCUCGACGCAGGGUAGCACUUCGUUGGAUAAACCUCUGGCUGUAGCUAGAGAGUAUUUGAAAGAUGAAAUUCAGAAAGGUGCAGAUGGGGUUGAACAAGGAGAAGUGAAUGGCUUGAGCGGUGUGGAGGGUACGAUCACUCCGAUAGAAGAAGAACGAAAUUCCACUUCUUCAGAAAUCAAGUCAUCACAAACUCUUGAACCUUCCAGCUCAACCACCGCAUUACCCGAAUCCACGUCGAGAUAUUCAUAUAAUUUCUGGAAAUACUCGCGAUUACCUAGAUUCACCAAUUCCGCACCUGCCACUGCUGAACAUUCACCUGUGAAGACCACUUCAGCGAAAUUACCUGAUCCACCUGUUAUACCUAUCGGAUCAAGUCCUUCAACUUCACCUUCAAAGCUCACUGCAUCAGCCUCAAAAGUAAAAACAAAAACGGCAAGUGAUGCUCAUACUCAUACGGAUGGUAUGAUGAUCGAUAAGAAGAUCCUUGAACCUGUUGUAUCACUUCCUGGGUUAAUCAUAGCUUGUAUAAUAUGUCUAUUACUUGGAUCAUUAUUUAGAUCGUUAUUGUCAGAAGCUGAUUUUGUCAUUUACCAAUCGCCAUCAUCCCUCAUACCUGGUUUAGGAUUGGGAAAGGAUAAUGAGCAUUGGAGAGAAUUGAAAAGAUUAGCAGAAUUUAGAAUCGGUUGGAAUAGGGAUCUGAUAGUUGCUAUUGCCAGGAGGGGAUAG